AAAAUGCCAGCAUCUCAGCUAUGGGCAGUACUGUUCUUCUUCAUGUUUCUAUGCCUUGGAUUAAAUAGUCAAUUUGCUAUAGUGGAAGUGGUCGUGACUUCAAUACAAGACGGAUUUCCCGACAUGAUACGAAAAGACUUGUGUAUCAUGAAUUAUUAGUACUGCUUGUGUGUGCGGUGUCAUUAUUAUGCGGACUGCCACACAUUAUUCAUAGCGGUAUAUAUAUGUAUUCCAGUUAAUGGAUUAUUACGCCGCGUCGCUCAGUAUAACUUAUCUCGCCUUUUUUGAGGUGGUCGCGAUUGCAUGGUUUUAUGGCGUGGGAAGACUGUCUAGAAAUAUUAAACAAAUGACAGGUCGCCAACCAUCGCUAUACUUUCGAUUCUGUUGGCUGAUAGCGUCACCGGCGCUGCUGUUAGCGUUGUGGGUGGCAAGCAUGGUCGACUACACGCCGCCUAGUUACAGGCAGUACCAAUAUCCCGCAUGGGCACAAGCUCUCGGAUGGAUCAUGGCUUCCCUCUCCUUACUUUGCAUCCCAGUAUACGCGGUUAUAGUUAUAAUUAGAGCACCUGGAGACAGUUUAAGAGAGAAACUACGUUACUCAAUACAACCAACAUCUAUAUGUGAAUGUGGUGUAAAUGGCUGUGACAUCUGCUGCUCUGAGUCGGAUCCGCCGGACGACAAAACAGUUAUUAAUUAGUAUAAUGAAACCGUAUAUUUUAAAGAGUAUUAUUAAAAAUGAUAAGAAUUAAGUACUCCCUCUGCCACGAGGAACAAAUAACAUUUGGGCCUGCGUUCUUUAUGACGAUAUAGAUUCAACACGGUAUGUUUGUAACGAAUAAUCAAGUUUAAUAAGGUUAUAUAAAAUUAAGUAACUGGCAUAUACCCAGAAAUCUAUUUAGUCAUACUGAAUCCAUGUUCAGGGCGCUGACCAAUUUCUUAUCGAUUUUUUGAUUCGCACCUGUGUAAUCGACAAAGUUUGUCAUCGAAAAUUACCGUCUAGAAGAGGUACUCGUGAUAAACAAUACUAAGUAGAUAAUUUACAACGAUCUUCCAUCAUAAUUACACAUCACUCGACCUACAAUUAUGAGCAUUCACCAAACAGUGUCAUGACAUACAUAACUAUGGUCAUAUAAAUUUUAUACAGUUACAAUGUAGGAGUGAAAAUCAUGUAUGUACUUCUGACGUCUGCGCGAUAAUGCAUUGACUUCGAAUAGUAUAAAUAGCAUUUAAAUCAUAUCAUUACAAAGAAAUACACCUAUUGUUAUAUUUUUACUAUGCACAUAUUAAAAACUAUGUGUUAGCGGUAACUGUGUUCUGUGUAGGUAUUCAUAAUAGCAGAAAUGUAUUAUUACUGAAUGUUUGUAAAGCUUUAUAUUCUCCCAGUCACGAUAUUAUAUUGCAUAAGUAUGUAAAUAUGUAAUUUAAGGCCCGACCACCAGCAAAACAGCGCGCUAAAGCUCUGGUUUCCUAGAAUAGCGGUGCCGUCACAUGACGGACGCAAUAUUUGGACGCAAAAAGACGGCCGUUUUUACGGUGACGAGACGUGGACAGAUGCAUCACAGUUACGGCCACCAAGUCGUAUCUGUUAUAGGGGAGAAAAGGACGACCUUGAUAUACUUUGGAUUAAUAAUUUACUUGGUGUAUGAACUAUCAUCAGAAGAGGAAAAUAGUCGUAUGGAGAAAGAUGACUUAAUCAAAGCUGGUACAGGUGUAUUUGAGAUUUUAGUACGUCGCCGUCUACAAAGCAAUGAUGAGAAAUCAGGGAAUAGUUUAGCCUAACACUAGUAUUAUUUGAUUACGAACUUACCACAUAAAUUAUGAUUUGAGUUACAAACCAUACAACAGACACAAAAAUUCAAUAAGACCAGAAAAAAGCUAUGUAUGUAUACUUAUUAAGUAGAUUCCUAAGUCAAUACAAUAAUAUUUUAAUUUUUUUUAUAUAUUUAUUUUUAACAGACCUAAUACAUAGAUGUUCGCGAAAUUAAUUAUAUAUUUUGGCCAUGCUCAUUUAAGUAGAUGCAAUCUACUUCAUGCCUGCAUGACUGCCUGGAUGCUCAUCCAUUGUAAUUAAAUGAAUGCCUUGAGGAGAAGGAGCUAUGAUUUGUGAAUGAGCACUAGUAGAGUAGUACUCGCACGCAUCUCGCACUCGUGGGUAUGUACGAAAUCUAUUAAAAUUUCGUCGUCCUCGCUGCUCCAGUUGGAGUCGGAACUCAUUUCGUUUGUCGUCCGGUCAAAACAAUACGAAAAUGGCUUCACCGCUAUCGAGAAAAACGUUCAAGAAACUAUUCGACACCGACAAGACGGCCGUCAUGCAAAUAGCGGUACCGCUUUUUGACGUUACGAUAUCAAAUACCGCACUCUAGGAAACCAUGACAUUUGGUUUAUAUAAUCAACGUUCUAGUGACGUCAUUCACCGCUGUAUUACUGCCGCUUUAUGACGGUACCGCUGUUUUAGGAAACCAGAGCUUAACAGAUUCUUAGAAGCCAUUUAUUCCAAAUUUAUAACAUACUAAAAAAAAUAUUUAAAUAAUUUAAGAAAUAUUUAAAAGACAUAUUUUUGCAAUGUGUUAUCUUUAUUUUAAUUGUAUAAAAUUUUUAUAAUAGGAAUAUUGUUUCGUUAAUUUCAUUGUGAAAAUGCAAUUAAAAUUGUUGACUCCGUGCAUUUUCUCAUAAACAUGAAUUAAGUACUCUAACACUAUUAGAAAGACAAUUUUAUAAAGAAUAUUUUUGUAGUUCCUAUUUAAAUUUUUUUUUUGAAUGAACUAUUCGUAAAUCUUUGCAAUUUCCCGCCGGUAACUUGCGCGCUGCCAAGUUCCUAUAAAACGAAUCGCUCAAGGACGUUUGCUAGGGGAGGGACCUUACAUAAUGGUCUGUUUUAUAGGCUGGUCUACAACCUAGUAAUACCUAUGUAGUGUUGAAACACCAAAUAAAUUAUUUUAAUCGUUGUGGAAAUUUGUGUAGAUCCUUACCGAUAAAGAUUUCAAAAUAACUUCCCGGUAAAAUUAUGUAGGUAUACAGUGAAAUUUGAUUAAAGUGAGCCUUGGACAAUAUAUGAGAAACCACUGCUAAUAAUAAUUGCAAUAAGGUCCCGGUACUUUUGCAUUAAGCCUCUUUUACUGGGAAUUUCAAACCUCGUUAAUUGAGAAUCGAUUUCUUAGAUUUUACGAUGUUCAUCUCUAUAAUUGAGACUUGGUAGGUCAAUCACCUAUAUCAGUAAAACAAUUUAUCAGGUUUGGUAAAGUUACGACUCGUUUGUAUACAAAUAUUUUAAUUACUUCUGCACAUUUUUAACCACUCUUGUCAUCUAUCUCUAUAAAUAAGACAACUGUCAUUGCAAACCUCCCUAUUUGUAUACUGGCUAAAUAAAAAUGCUCUAUACAAAAUCCUAACUCCUUUGAGAUCCCAGUUAAAUAGUUGUAUAGAUUUCACUGUAUUAUACAUUUCUAGCCAUUUUUAUGUCAAUGUUCAUGUUAUUGAAUAAUCGGCGAUAAACAUCCUCAAAUCGUAGGACAUAAAUAAGCUAUACGAUUUACAUAUACACUAGUAAUAUGUAGCAACAACAUAAACCUUUGAGGGCAUCAGUAUUAAUUUUAAGUUAAGUAUCAGGCCUUUUAUAUUAUUUUAUUUUCCUAAAAGGAUAAAUAUUUAAUCAUAUUUGUAACCAUCGACCGUACUUGCAUAGGUAUAUAAUAUAUAUUUGUUGUGUUGUAAGAUUGUUUUUCCUGAAUAAUGUGACCGAAAACAUUCCAUAAAUACCUAUACUCAUGUAAUUUAAAGAUAGUUUUAAUAUUUUUAGAUAGUUAUUUAUUUUGCAUACCUUAUAAAACAUGGAUGUUAAGAAUAUGUAAGCAAAUUGUAUUACUUAAGUAACUAUCUCAGUAAAUAGGUAGGUUGCCACAGAAAUUGUAAUUUUUCGUCAAUCACUAAAAUAAAAUGACUGCUUAGCCGUGAGCAUAGCCGGGGGGGCAACGUUAGGCGGCACCCACCCUAUAAAGCCCUGCGUUACAGAGACAUCGCGUGAUACAGGCCUUUUUAAAAUCAGCGGGUUUUUGCUCUCGCCAGCGGUCUCUUCCUAGAUAAAAUCCGUAGUAGCUACGCCAACCUUCCGAGUACUAAACAAAACAUGAAACAAUAUUAUUUGUUGUUAUCUGCCACUGAUAUAGAAUCUUACAUACCUAUGUAAAAUCAGUCUUUGAAAAGUAAAUCGUUCAUAAUUAUUAUAGUGUAAAUAGGUACAUUUUUUGUAUAUAAGUAAAAUAAGUAACGGCAAUGUAUCAUAAGGCAAAAGCGAAAUAAAGUCCUAAGGUUAAUGAGCA